CGUGGAUAGACGACGACGAAUUUGUGUUGAGUGAAAAACGCAAUGGCUUCUGUCAAAGGUUUGCCUGUUCGCUGGUCUCGUUUGAAAAUUGAAAAUUUUCGACAAUUUCCACGGAAUUUCAGUACAAAUCAGCAAAUCAAUCGAAAGUUAAACAAUGGACAGACAUAUUGGUGGUAUUUGUUGGGCGGUAGUGUUUGUGCCGGAGCUUAUUUUAAAUGGCAACAUUCGUCUGCGGUGACUGCAUUCAAUCCGAAAAAGAUGAAAGAUGACACGGAUAAGGGAGUUAAAUUAACGUCACGUGAGAGACGGUUCAUAAAAUUCGCUUCGGUUGAAUUUGACGGUCAAUUGUAUAUGACACCGCAAGACUUCUUGGAUUCGGUGGUUGAACAGGAGGCAAGACCUCGGCUCAAGAGGCGCACACUCACAUUAGAUGAUAUAAAUAAAAUGAAAGACGCAACGCCACCGCUUAAAAAGGGAUCCACACAAAUGUUUCGCACUCUACGCGACAAAGGCAUCAUUUCCUACACCGAAUAUCUGUUUUUGCUCUCGAUUUUAACCAAGCCAAAAUCCGGUUUCAAAAUUGCAUUCAACAUGUUUGAUACUGAUGGCAAUCAGCGUGUCGAUAAAAAUGAGUUUCUAGUCAUAACGCGCAUCCUCGGUGGAUCACUUCGUCAGCAGCAUUUGGAUAGAAAAACGCAGCGAAUCGUUAUAUCGCUGUUACCGACGGAAGAAGCAACUGCGUUGCUCAGACUCCGUUCGCGUGAUAAAGAGAAUGAUGAAAAUAGACAAGGUUUUAUGGAAAACAUCUUCAUUGGUGCUUGGAGAGAUAAACGUGGCAUUGCGGCCAAUGAUGAUACGUAUGUUGAAGAUGAAGAAGGAUUACAACGACGCCACAAAGUUGACACGACAUUGCAAGUGCACUUCUUUGGCAAGAAAGGAAAUCAAGACUUACACUACGAAGGAUUUUAUAAGUUCAUGGACAAUUUGCAAACGGAGGUGCUUGAGCUGGAGUUUUAUGAAUUCUCAAAGGGAAACAUUGCAAUUACCGAAGUCGAUUUCGCAAAAAUCCUUCUCAGAUACACUUAUUUGGAUACUGACGAAUACGACAUGUAUUUGGACCGUUUAUUGGACCGUGUUAAACACGAAAAAGGAGUGACUUUCAAGGAAUUCAAAGACUUUUGCCAAUUUUUGAACAAUCUCGAAGAUUUUAGCAUUGCUAUGCGAAUGUAUACACUCAGCGAUCAAGCUAUUUCAAAAGGAGAAUUUGCUCGAGCAGUGAAGAUAUGCACUGGACUGACCUUAUCGGAGCAUUUGGUUGACACCGUUUUUGCUAUUUUUGACGAAGACGGUGACGGCAUGUUAUCUUACAAAGAGUUCAUUGCCAUAAUGAAGGAUCGUUUGCAUCGUGGCUUCAAAUCUGUCGCCAAAUCCGAAGGAUGGGAGGCCUUUAAGCAUUGUCUUAAACAAGAAAUGAAAGCAAAAUUUUAAACGAAUUUUCUCAAAUCACUUUAUCUAUCAGCAAUUGCAAGCCACUUUUUUACUCAUUUUAAUUAAAAGGCGUUCAAUUAACAAGUUAUUUAAAGAAAAAACGUGGAAUCGAAGUCUUAUUUUAUAAUUUGAAAGAAGAGUCGGUGCAAUCAAAUGAAGAGUUCGUACGAUUCACGAUUUUAAAUUAUUAGCACAAAGUUGUAUCGUAGUUUUUAAAAAAAUCACCUUUGGAAAGAAAAAAAAUCACCUCAUUUCGCGCAAAACACUUUUCUACUCUUUUACGCUUUAACCCAAUUUUUCGCUACAAAUGAGAUUGUUAUAUCAUGUUAUCUACUUUGAAUUACCAUAAAACUGAGGAAUACCCCUGAGGAAUAAUAUUUUAUUCUAUUUACGUAUAUCAUAGUUAAUUUAUUCAGUCUAGAAAGCGCUUGCCUUGAAAAUGAAAGAAUUUUAUCUCGGUUAAAAACUAAAUAAUCGAAAUGUAGUAAAAAUGCGAAUGAAAUAAUAAAAAAAAUCUCUCUCAUAAA